UUUAACUUAAAAAAUAAUUUAUUAGUAAUUCACUGUUAGCUUGUCGUUGCUACCUAGCUUGCUUCGCUACUGCUAGCAUCAAGGCUAACACGCUGUAAUGUUGUAACUGUUAUUUUGAUCCGGUGAGGCACAGUAGCGAGGCUGUCCAGCUGCUCAUGGACCAGCUGUGUUUGGUCGGAAUGCAGAUCCCAGUGAGUCUAAGACGGAAGGUUUCAGUGAUGGAGAGCUCAGGGACAAGAAGUGUACAAUUUGCUCCCAGGUCUUUACCACUGAGAGCCAGCUGCAGAAGCACCUCCGUGAACAUGAAAUCAACGAUAAGGAGGCAAGACAGGGCCUCGAAUGAAUGAGGAUGUGGAGAUGGGGGACGGAGUAACAGCGUCCACUUCGACUGUUCAACUGUUUGCAUUCACUAAAGCAGCCCACCUUGAAAAAUUCAGGAAAGUUUUCAGCAACAGAGAACCUCAUCGCUGUGACCAUUGUCCACAGACAUUUAACGUGGAGUUCAACCUCACACUCCACAAAUCCACCCACACAACCUCUGACUUCACCUGCCCUGUCUGCAACAAGAAGUUCUCCCGCAUCGCCAGCCUCAAAUCUCACAUCAUGCUCCACGAGAAGGAGGAGAAUUUAAUUUGUGCGGAGUGCGGGGAUGAAUUUGUUCUUCAGAGCCAGCUCUCGCUGCACCUGGAGGACCAUCGCAAGGAGCUGUCGGGCAUCAAGAUCUUCACCUGCAAGAACUGUGGAAAGGAGUUCCAGACAUCAGCACAGCUCAAGGAGCACAUGAAGAUUCACAUCAAGAUGAGGCCACUCAACUCCAGUUCCAGAAACUACAAGAAAAACAUCGACCGCAGUGGGUUCACAAACAGCUGCCAUCACUGUGGAAAAGCCUUUAAAAAGCCCAGCCAGCUUGUUAGACACAUACGGAUACACACAGGGGAGAGGCCGUACAAGUGCUCACAUUGCGGGAAGGCUUUCAACCAGAAGGUGGUGCUGCAGACUCACAUGGUGAGACACACAGGAGAGAAACCUCACCUCUGCAUGUUCUGCCCGGCCUCCUUCUCCCAGAAGGGGAACCUGCACUCCCACGUUCAGAGAGUUCAUUCUGAGACCAAAGGUGUGCCACUAUUUCCCUGCAUGGACUGCAGCUGUUCAUUCAAGAAGUUGGGCAGUUUGAAUGCACACAUCAGCAAGAUGCACAUCUCUGUGAUUGAGGUUCCUUCAAGCACCCCGGAGACCGAGACUGCAGGUCAGCCUCCUGGGGUUUCAGAGGGCGGUGAGGGUGUGACAGAUGUCAUCCAGCAACUUUUGGAGCUGUCUGAACAGGUCAGUGGGGAGACGGCCCAGCCACAACCUCCAGAGCCAGCUAUCGCCAUGGAAACUGCAAUUAACCAGGACAUCCUGCAGCAAGCUCUGGAGAACAGUGGACUGAGUGUGGUCCAGCCACAGAGUGACGCAACAUCCAGAGAGUCACAGAACCAGACUACUGAAGGGACUGCUGCAGAAAACAAGAAAGUACAAGCUCCUGAGAGACCUAUCCGAGAGAAGAAAAGAAGCAUCUUUAAGAAACCUAUACAAAUGCCAGGCUCCAUCAGAGAGGAAAAUGGUGUCCGUUGGCACGGCUGUCCCUACUGCUCCAAGGAGUUCAAGAAGCCCAGUGAUCUUGUCCGUCACAUCCGUAUCCACACGCACGAGAAGCCUUUCAAGUGCAAACAGUGCUUUAGAGCUUUUGCUGUCAAGAGCACCCUCACAGCACACAUGAAAACACACACGGGCAUCAAGGCCUUUGAGUGCCAGUGCUGUUUGAAGUGCUUCUCCACUUCUGGCAGCAUGAAGGUACACAUGCGGCUGCAUACAGGAGUGCGUCCUUUCCCCUGCCCUCACUGUGACAAGAUCUUUCGCACAUCAGGCCACAGAAAAACACACAUCGCUUCCCAUUUUAAAAGCUUACAGCAGAAGAAGCACAAGUUCCCCCGAAAAACCAACAAAGCCAAAGUGUCCAAGAAUAAUCUACCUCUGCCUGAUAUUCCCCUGCAGGAGCCCAUCCUCAUCACUGACUACGGCUUCCAGAACCCUCGCCUGGCAUUACAACAGUACCUGGACGUGGUGGGCAACGACCGGCCAUACAAGUGCCAGUUCUGUAGUAAAGCCUACAAGAAAUCAAGCCAUCUGAAGCAACAUGUCAGGUCUCAUACAGGAGAAAGGCCCUACAAGUGUGUGCAGUGCAGUCGGGGUUUUGCCUCCUCUGGAGUCCUCAAGGCUCACAUCAGGACUCACUCUGGUCUAAAGGCGUACAAGUGCUUGAACUGUGACACCACGUUCACCACCAGCGGCAGCCUGCGACGCCACAUGACCACCCACAGUGACUUGCGACCUUACAUGUGCCCCUAUUGCCAAAAGACCUUCAAGUCAUCACCAAACUGCAGGAAGCACAUGAAGACACACAGGUAUGAACUGGCUCAGCAGCUACAGCCACAGUCGACAGAGGACCCCUUAGGAAACAGCACCGUGGCCCACGAUAUGCAGGUGGAAAUUGAAGGAGACGCACUACAGCAACCACCAGCUUCCACCACAGAGCAGCAAAGCAUGCUGGGUCUGGGCCAGACAGAGGUUGUUAACGGGAGUCAACAAGUAACAUUGGAGGCGCCACUGACUGACCAAAACCUUGUACAAGGAGAAGUGACAGACACAUAUGUGACUACCCAGCAUGCAAUGCCUCAGAACAUCAGCCAGUUUGAGACGCCUGCACUUCCACAGUCCACCUUCGACCAGCAAGCUCUAACGCAAGGUUUCACCAUCACUGAACCAAGCUACAACCAGUCUCAGUUCUCCGCAGUCCAGCAGCUGCAGGACUCAAGCACUCUGGAGUCUCAGGCUUUGUCGUCCAGCUACCAUCCCCCAAACCUGCUCCAUGUUCCCACUGCAGAGGUGACGAAUGGGCUCCUUCAGCAGAGCGGUCAGGGUGAGCUUCAGCUGACCACUGAAACACAGGACUACCAGGACGACAGUGAGGACAACAGCAAGAGAGCCUACAGGUGUAGUUGGUGUAAUAAAGGAUUUAAAAAGUCGAGUCAUCUGAAGCAGCACGUGCGCUCACACACCGGAGAGAAACCUUUCAGAUGUCAUCUCUGUGGGCGAGCUUUUGUAUCAGCUGGAGUGCUCAAGUCUCACCUCAAUACACACACAGGAGUGAAACCCUAUAAAUGUAGUGUGUGUGGUGCUUCAUUCACCACCAACGGCAGCCUGAACCGCCACAUGAUCAUCCACAUCAAGUCUUACAAAUGCUCGAUGUGCGACGAAAGCUUCAGGACCAGCCUGCUGUGUAAAAAGCAUAUGAAAAAGGUGCACGCUGUGGAGGAACAGAUUGUAGGUCUGGAGAAUCAAGGCAUUGAUGAUGACAAUGAUGAAGAGGAUGAGGAAGAGGAGCAAAAGGCAUCAAAGAGGAGGGGUUUGGAAAUAAUUACUUUCACCGAGGAGCAGGCGGCUGAACUGGCAAAGGAUCCCGGGGAGGAGGCCUCAGUGUCGGAGCGGAUCCUCGCUCAGUCAGCGGCCGAGAGGGAUCGUAUCAGUGAGAUCAAAGACAAGGCGGUGGAGCUGGAAACAGAACCCAAGUUCGCCAACUGUUGCAACUUCUGCCCCAAGAGCUUCAAGAAACCCAGUGACCUUGUCAGACACAUCCGGAUCCAUACAGGGGAAAGACCGUACAAGUGUGAUGAAUGUGGGAAAAGCUUCACUGUGAAAUCCACCCUGGAUUGCCAUGUAAAGACACAUACAGGGCAGAAACUGUUCAGCUGUCACAUGUGCACCACCUCCUUCUCUACAAAAGGCAGCUUAAAGGUGCACAUGCGCCUCCACACUGGCUCCAAGCCCUUCAAAUGUCCCUUCUGUGAACUCCGCUUCAGGACCUCAGGCCAUCGCAAAACACACAUCCAGUGUCACCUCCGGCCAAACAACGAAAGAAACAAAUCCAAGCGCUCUGCCUCGUCUGCUGGUCAGGCCAGUCAGGGUCAAGAAUCAGCGACAGGGCAAGGUGUGACUGCGGGCCAGGGACAGCAGCCGGCAGCUUCAGAUGCUCUUCAACCUGUGGGGCUGUUACAAACCUCCAACCCUGACCCCAACAUUUACCUCCCAACCAGCCAAGUCCUGACAGGGCAGUUUGACCAGAAUCUACUACAGCCAGGACUGGUGGGACAGGCCAUCCUGCCUGCCUCCAUGUCAGCUGCAGGAGACCUGACUGUGUCUCUCCCAGAUGGUCUAACCACACUGGACGGCAUUCACCUGCAGCUCACACCUGCCAACCUGGUGUGCCCAAACGUCCAGAUCUCUGGCAUUGACACCAGCAAUAUCAACAACAUCACCCUGCAGAUCGAUCCUGCCCUUCUGCAGCAAACGUUACAACAAGGCGGCCUCCUCUCUCAACCCCUGAGUGUUGACUCUGGCCUCGUCUCCCACUCAGGUAGCCAGCUCAUGUCCACCUCUGAUCCCUCAGUUUCUGCAAAUGUGGUCAUCCACCCACUGACCAGCCUGGCCCUGCAGCCCUCCGCCAUCGCACCUGCUCAGGUCACAAUGGCCGGUUUGUCAGAGCAGGAUGCUUCAGGUUCUCAGGAUCUAAGCCAUGUGAUGGGCAGCUCUGGGUUGGUAGCUGGAGGCACCAGCAGUCAGGAGAUCACACUGACCAUCAACAACUCCAGCCUGACACAAGCCCUCGCCUCAGCUUCUUGUGCCAACACUGCGGCAGGAAACCCUCAGGAGAUCACCCUCACUAUAUCAGGUCAGGAUCUACUCGCCCAGCAUAGCAACCCAAAUGGUGCAGAGAUCAACGGCAGCAUCAGGCUGGCAUCACCCCUUAACAGCCAGUCCACCAACGCUACCCUCACCAUCACCAACGACCACCUCCUACCUCAGAGCCCCGCAAACACUGGGAUGGCAGUCUCCAGCCUGCCACCGAGCACCACUCUAUCCCAUACUGCUGCGUCCCAGAGCCUAGUGAUGUCACCAGGAGGCGUGGCCAAUGAUAGCAGCGUCACACUAACACUGGCUGAUGCUCAGGGGAUGCUGGAUGGAGUCACAUUAAACCUCAAUACACAGGGUCAGACAUUUCCUGCAGUGCUGAAUGACUCCGGUCUACCAGGACAGUCAGCCAACACCGGCCAGCAGGUCAUUCUGGUCAGCCAUCACUCCCAGUCCACAAAUGGGACAUCUGACAAUGGAUACAAUAUCACAGUUGACGGCCACAAAGGUGGGAACGUUGGCCAGACGGAGGCUGAAAAUCGGAACCAGUGCUAUUACUGCAGUGAGACGUUUGAGAACAUCAACACACUGCGACGCCACUGUAGGCAAGCUCACGGCAAAGACCGCUGUCAUGUCUGCAGCCUCUGUAACAAGGCCUUUAAGAGAGCUACACAUCUCAAGGAACAUGAGCGAGUGCACCAGCCAGGACCGUCUCCAAGCUCUCAGAAACCCAGAGUCUUCAACUGCUCCUCCUGCGUAAAAGCCUUUGCCAAGCGCAGCCAGCUGGAAAGACACAACCGAACACAUACAGGCGAGCGUCCCUUCAAGUGCACUCAGUGUGACAAAGCCUUCAACCAGAAGAGUGCUCUGCAGGUCCACAUGGUCAAACACACUGGAAAGAAGCCCUUCAAGUGUGAGAUCUGCAGCAUCAGGUUCACCCAGAAGAGCAACAUGAAACACCACAUGAAGAGAUCGCAUGGCUACGGUCAGGUCCAAGAAGUGGCUCUGGGUGAGGAAGAAUCAGCCCCACAGGUUGAAGUAACACCAGAUCUAGACCUGGAGGUGGUUCCUGAAUCAUCGGGACACUGGCACGUCUUCCCCUGAACACAAACCACUCUAGUUUAUUACUAGACAUUGCUUUGCCAAACAUUUUCCUCCUGUGGAAGGGUCAAUUAGUCAGAAACAGACUGAAGAUGUUAGAGUUUCUCUCCACUGCAGAUGGAGGGCUUUUAUCCCCAGCUGCAGCCCCUUAUUAUUCCCCCAGAUCAGCAGUGUGGUUAGAGGGAUCUGGAUCGCUGUGAUUGGUUUAAUCAUGUUUGUCUAUUCUGCUACUCUGUCUGUCAUGAAGACCACAUGAUGACCUCCGGAGAAUUUUUUUUUUUUUUUUUUUUUAUAGAAUAUAACACACAUCUCAGUGAAUUCUCCAUCCUGGACAUGCAGGUGACCCCAUGUUGACUCCAUGUAACCUGUGUAAACAUACUCUGAUAUCAGUCUGUGUUGUUGUUUUUUUUUUUUUUUUUUUACAAGAGCACUUGGGAGAGCUGCAACCAGCUGCACUGUUGUCAUGUUUCAUUAACUUUUAUGUUACAGAACAAAAUGGUUUUUUUCUUUUUUUUCACUGGCCAACAAGACAUGUGGCACUUUUUUACAUAUUUAUACUGUAAAUAUUUCAUUUUGAAGUGAAUAUCAUUUUCAAUAUGUUAACAUGUUUGUUCUUGAUAUACAACAGAGCCAGAUAUUUUGUACCAAACAUGCUGAGCAAGCAUAUUUAAUACAGUGUAGGUUUGUGGCUGAACAUGCCAGCAUUAUAUUUCAUUGAGCCCCACAGCAUCAAUGUUUUCUUUACUGUGGUCCAUUCUGUAAAUAUGUGUAGUUAGAUGAAUAUAUAUUUUCAGAUGAACCACCAUGACAUGGAUUGGUUGGAAAUAUGUAAUUUGAGCAUAAUAUUGUUUUUGUUAUGAGGCCAAGCCAGUGUACAGAUGUUAAGCUCUUUUUUGGCUCCUUUUUGCAGCUG